AUGCCUUCAGCUGUAUCGCCGGAUCCGCAAGCAGGCUCAGGUCCACCAGAUGAUCUCGACCGACUACUCGACUAUGACGACGCAGUGGAGGAUUUCUUGCGUGAUCUGCCAGUCGGGAAUGACAACCAAGACAACAACAACAACGGAGCCACAGCGGGGCCACCACUCGAUGAGGACCAAGAAGUGCAGGUGAAGAAGAAGCGCAAUCCUAUCCCUAAGCUCGACGAGAACCGGUAUGAUUCCUCUAUCGUUCCAGCAAAUCAGACCUCUGACGCGACUGCAGGCUCCUUUCAGACGCAGGCAUUCCAAAGCUACGCAGAAUCACCAAAACGCGUCUGAAAUUCCGCGGUAAAGGCCACGAAUUUACAGACAUUUCCCGUCUGCUCAACACUUACCAGCUCUGGCUGGACGACCUAUAUCCCCGAGCCAAGUUUCGAGAUGCGCUUACAAUAGUUGAGAAGGUGGGCCACAGCAAACGCAUGCAAGUCAUGAGGCGAUCAUGGCUUGACGACACCAAACCGUAUAGAAAAGAACUUACGCCCGAUGUGGAGGUGUCGGGCGCGAAUGAAGACGGGGAGAGAUCACGGGAGGAACGAGAGGCAUCGUCCUCCGGUGAGGCCACUGGCGAGCCUACGAAUGCAAACAGCAGGGAACAGGCCGGUACAAUUUGGGCGCCCGAGGAUGACGAGCUCGAUGCAAUGCUUGCUGAGAACGGCGACGAGAGCGUCAAGCAAGCCGAGAAGCCACAGUCGAAGCAUCGAGGACCGUUUGAAGAAGAAGACAUGGACGAGGAUGAGGACGAGCUCAAUGCGCUCAUGGCGGAACACACUAGGCCAGCCGUGAGCAAAACCCCGAGCAGAAAGGAGCCAACUCUCGAGCAAGGACCAGACGAGGAUGAGCUGGACGCCCUGAUGGCCGAGCAGGCCGAAUCCGGUGCGCGGCCGAAAGCCCCUGCCGAAGACGCGCAUAGGACUCACUCGCGCCCCGAGAACGGCAUGGAUGACUUUGCUGACGAUGAGGAGGCUAUGCAAAGUAUGGGAGGCAUGUGGUAA